UCGCGUCGCGUCGUCUUGUCUUUUCAUCUCUCUGCUUCAUACCUGCAACAAUGUCUAUCAAUAUGGCUACAGACCACUCACAGAUGCACGUUACGAUGAGCCAACCAGCUUCGAGACCGUCGACGAGCCACCAACAUCAACACCAACACCAGCACCAGCACCAGCACCCACACACGGUUUACUCCGCUGGGCAGAAACGACCGGCUUCGUUUUUCGAUGAGCCUUCGCACUCGCACUAUGGUUAUGUCCCGGUGGCCUCGAACGACUACAAUUCGUCGUAUUACCCAAAGGUCGUCUCAGGAUCGGACGAGGAGGAUGUGCCGAUGAGUGCAUUGAGGGGCAACUGGGGCCGAAAGACCACGAAAGGCGCGAGAUGGCAUCGGAGAGGGAAACUCGCGCCAUGGGGAGCCGGUCUGGACGAAUGGGAGGCUGAAGAGCGUGCUAGACAACGCCUGAAGAUGCUCUUGCCCCAUGAACGACGAUCACCGUCUCCGCCCACACUUCCCCAUCUCCGUUCAGCAUCGCCACCCCUCACUGCUCCCUAUCCCGCGCCGAACACGCAUCAUCUGAGCUACUCUUCGUUCAUCAUGAGCAAGGCUGUCACGCAUUCUUUCCGUUCGCCAUUGAUCGAAGAUCUGGAGCGGGUGUCGAACGGAUUGAUAGAGGGAGAAGGGCACCUGAAACGGGCGUUGGGGAGGUUGUGGCAAGUCAUUAGCGAAGAUCCAGACAGGGUGAGAGCACAAGAAGCUGCAACAGCGAACGAUCACGUGAUGAAGCAGGAGGAGGAGGAUGGAGAAGGACCCGGGGCGGAUUCGGCUCUCGUCGAGAAAGAGAAGAGGAUUGCGCGCGCGCCGGAUCUGACCCCUGUAGCACACAAGCUGUUCGUAGAGUUCCAGGACGCGGAUGAAGGGGGGCAGAUGCAGAAUUCUCCGGCUUUGCAGGAUACGAGACCUUCGAUAGACGUGCAGAUGGACGUGCUGGACAAUUCGUUGGCGACGUUGAGAGAGCUGCAGGAUGAUGGUAGGGAGUAUACCGAGCGCUUGGAGGAGAUACGGGAGCUGUUGGGGGAUGUGAGAGCGCAGAGGGACACGGUCUGGAAGGUGGUUCGGACGAACGCUCUCAGCGAGCUGCAACAGAUGGCAGCUGAGGCUGAGGCUGAGGCUGAGACUGUUUACGAGUAGUUGUUUUUAUGUGUUUCCCUUGAAAGAACUGUACAAUG